AUGGAAAGAAAGAACCAAACACAUCUGAAAGAGUUCAUUCUCUUGGGUCUGUCUGAUGAUCCUCAUAUCCAACCGGUCCUCUUCGCUACAGGGCUGUUGAUAUACAUGUUCACAUUAGCAGGGAAUCUGGUCAUUAUUAUUUUAAUACAGAUUGACCAGCAUCUCCACACCCCAAUGUAUUUCUUGCUGAGCAAUUUGUCCUUUACUGAGAUCUGCUACAUCACCUCCACCAUACCAAAGAUGUUGUGGGACCUCCUGUCAGGGGACAAGACCAUCUCACUCCCUGGCUGUGCAGUCCAAUUGUAUUGCUUUCUAACCACAGGGGCUACGGAAGGUGUUCUACUUUCAGUCAUGGCAUAUGAUCGUUAUGCUGCCAUCUGCCACCCACUGCAUUACAUGCUACUCAUGAGUCAAUCCAUGCUCAGAUGGCUUGUAGGAGCUUCGUGGGCCAUUGGAAAUAUUAAUGGUGUUGUCAACACAGCCUUUAUUUUUUCUCUGAAUUUCUGUGGUCCCAAUAAGAUAGUGCACUUCUUCUGUGAUAUCCCACCUGUCUUGCAUCUCUCUUGUUCUGACACUUCAUUUACUGAACUAGUGUCUUUUAUUGUCUCUGGAAGCAUCCUUAUAGCAACUGUCUCCUUAAUUGUCCUCUCCUAUGUACUUAUUGUCUUAUCUGUGCUCAAAAUCAGUACAGCUCAGGGCAGGAUCAAGACAUUCUCCACUUGUGCCUCCCACCUUACUGUGGUGAGUAUCUUCUACAGCACAGGCAUCUUUACUUAUAUGAGGCCUUCCUCCCAUCACUCCAUGGAAGAGGGCCGUGUGAUCUCUGUGUUAUACACCAUCAUCACUCCUUUGUUAAACCCUCUGAUCUACAGCCUCAAAAACAAAAAAAUGCAGGUAGCACUUUUGAACGUUCUCGGAAAGAGACAACAUUGUCAGCUGUGA